AUGUCAUUUAGACAUUUUAAUUCAUUUAUAUUGCAUUUGAUUUUAAUUAUUUGUUUAGCCAAUCUUGGGAGAGGAGAAAUAGAUGAUUGCAAUCGGUGUAAAGUUUUAUCUGAUUCUUUUAAAAAUUGGUUACAAAAAACAGCGCGAGGUAAGUAUGAAGGUGGUGAUACUGCUUGGGAAGAAGCAAAACUUAAAUCAUAUUCUCGCAGUGAAAUGCGUUUAGUUGAAAUACAAGAGGGCUUGUGUUCGGAAGUGAAAAAGCAUAAAGAUCGAUGUUACGGUCUUGCCGAGGAAGUAGAGCAUUUACUAGAGCAGUGGUGGGUCCACGAAGAUCCCAAUUCACAAGAUCUAUUCACUUGGUUGUGUGUAAGUACCCUGCAAUAUUGUUGCCCGCAAAAUCACUAUGGCCCAUUAUGCACUGCAUGCCCUGUGGACGAAAAUAAUAAAAUUUGUGGAGAAAAAGGAUCAUGUGAUGGAGAUGGUACACGAAAAGGAAAUGGUUCUUGCAUUUGCAAUAGAGGAUUUGCUGGUGAAUUUUGUGAAAACUGUGAUGAAAAUUAUUACAGUACUCCUGAAGAAGACUGUAAGCCAUGUCACAAAGCUUGUAACAAUUGUAAAGGGGAGGGAGCGGCAGCCUGUGUAAUAUGUCAAACCGGUUGGGAGCUAGAAGCUGAUGUGUGCACAGAUGUUAAUGAAUGCCUCAAAGAAAAUUCAUGUAAUGUUAAUGAAUACUGUAUCAACUGGGAAGGGUCAUAUUCUUGCAAAACUUGUGAUGGUACAUGUAAAACUUGCAGCGGCAAAGGAAUCACAAAUUGUACAUCAUGUGAAGUAGAUGAAAUAUUGGUGAAUGGGAUGUGUUUAGAUGAAGCAUUAAAACAUCAAUAUUUGUUGAGUACUAUGAAAAGAUUAGCAUUGUACGCAUUAUUGUUAGUAAGUUUAUUUUUUAUUUGUCAAAAAAUGCAACUAAUACUACCUCUAGUAGUAUUAUUUAUAUCAGUAUUAAUUUAUUUCUCUGAAAAUGAAUAUACGGUGAACAUAUUUUCUGUAUAUAAUAUAUUAAUUAAAGACUUAUUACAAAAAUUCCAAGGUUAA